GACGCUUGUAUGGCAGUGGCCCAAUCGGAGUAAGGCUUGGAGUCCCGCCCCGCCUGUUGAUUGGCUUGUCAGCCUGUCCGGAGGUCAGGAAGAUGGAGCGAGGCUCUGGAGGAGGCGGAAGGGGCCGCAGAUGAGAAAAGCAGAGGGGGCUUAAGGAGGAAGCCCGGCGGCAGAUCUCAAACCAGCCUUGCCCUCAACAAAGGAGCGUCCAGGCAAAGGGAUGAAGAAGGAGCAAGUGCUGAACUGUCAAUUCUCAUGCUGGUACCCUCAUUUCAAGAGUCAGACCAUCCGCAGUAUCAUACUGCCACUGCCUCAGAAUGUAAAAGAUUAUUUGCUGGAUGACGGAACCUUGGUGGUUUCAGGAAGGGAAGAUCCGCCAACAUGUUCCCAAGAAGAUAAUGAUGGGGAAGAGGCAGAGGAAAUACAGUGGUCUGAUGAUGAGAAUACUACAACACUUACGGCACCAGAAUUCCCUGAGUUUGCACUUAAAGUUGAAGAAGCAAUUGGCUCACUGGGAGGCAGUGUCUUUCCUAAGCUUAACUGGAGUGCUCCAAGGGAUGCUUACUGGAUAGCAUUGAAUAGUUCACUGAAAUGCAAAUGUCUCAGUGACAUCUUCCUACUUUUCAAGAGUUCAGACUUCAUUACUCGAGAUUUCACUCAACCAUUUAUCCAUUGUAAUGAUGAUUCUCCUGACCCCAAUUUGCAAUAUGAGCUUGUUCUCCGAAAAUGGUGUGAAUUGAUUCCUGGGGCAGAAUUCAGGUGCUUUGUGAAGGAAAACAAGCUUAUAGGUAUAUCUCAGCGAGACUACACUCAAUACUACGAGCACAUCUCAAAACAAAAAGAAGAGAUCUGUAGACUUACACAAGAGUUUUUCAAGAAACACAUCCAGUAUAAGUUUUUUGAUGAAGACUUUGUGUUUGAUAUCUACAGGGACAGCAUGGGUAGAGUGUGGUUAAUUGAUUUUAAUCCAUUUGGCGAGGUAACAGAUUCUCUACUAUUUAUGUGGGAGGAGCUGAGGUCUGGAAAUGGUUUGAAAGAUGACGAGAGUGAAGGUGGAGCCAUGGAACAGGACUAUCCAUCAUUCCGUUGUACAAACAGCAACCUUACUGUUCAACCUAGCCCGUAUCUCAGCUACAGGCUGCCCAAAGAUUUUGUAGACCUUUCCACUGGGGAAGAUGUUCACAAAUUAAUUGACCUGCUCAAACUGAAACGAAAUCAGCAAGAUGAUGAAGAAUCAUGAAACGUGGGACGAAAUUGGAAAAAGAAACAAGGCCACAACUUCAUGGGGAAAGAUAGCAUUUUUGACACCACAAGCUCUGAGAACAUAGCUCUUUAAUAUUAUUCCCACAACCCCGUGAUCAUUCUGAUCUUGUGUGGGCACUUCAUUGAAUAAAUCUGUUUUAAGCUGACUUUGCAGUAUUACAAGGGAGACAGCUGGUUCUUGCUUAACACUGCUGGGUCUCCCCUUUCUCUUGAUGACAACUUUUUAUUUCACAACUCGCUACAACCAAGAGAACUGUUGUUGUUGUUUUUUGCUGUAGUGCUAUCCUCUAAAACUAUUUAUGCAGUGGUACCUUGGUUUAAGAACAGCUUAGUUUAUGAACAACUUGGAUUAAGAAUGCUGCAAACCCAGAAGUAGGUUUGUGAACUUUGCCUUGGAAUAAGAACAUGCUUUGCUUCCUGUUGAGUGUGUUCCAUUUGCAAACUGAGUUUCCCGCUGCUAUGGGAAAGCACACCUUGGUUUAAGAACGCUUUGGUUUAAGAACGGACUUCCAGAACGGAUUAAGUUCGCAAACCAAGGUACCACUGUAUUCUAGUUUAUUGGCCACUUGUUCAUAAAAAUAUCUAAGCAGUGAACAAAAUAUAUAACAAAUACAUAAAAAUCAUCAUAAAUACAAUGUGUAAAACCCCUUCAUUAUAACAGUGCUACAAGCAAAACAAAUAAUAUGUCAGUUGACAAAAGGUUUCAGCAGGCAUCUGAAAUAGAAAAAGUGCCUGGCUAAUUGUCAGUGGAGCCAUGUUCUACUAAGCUGGCAUGAUCACAGUGAAAGCCCUGUUGUUGGUAGCUUCAUGCCUUAGAAAUGGGCACUGCCAGCAACUCCCAUUUGUUGAAUGUUCAAAUCAGGCCUAAGGCCUAGGGGGGCAAGGUGAUCUUGAAGGUAACCUGUUCCUAAGUGGUUCAGGGUUUUAUAAACUAAAAUUAACACCUCUAUACUGGGACUGGUAGCACACACAGGCAGACCUUCUGAAUACGAAACUGGCAGCCACUGUAGCAAUGUUCUGACCUUAAGUCUCAAAGAGUUUUCCUGUUUGCCCGGAAGGUGGCUAGAGCAGAGGGCUCCUCUGACUUGGGAGAUGGGAAGCGAGCAAACCCAUUGACCUGAGAGGGAGUUUCUCCCGUAAGUAGUUUGCUGCCUUUGGUGUGAGUCAGCUCUGCUUUCUUCCCACUAGCCCAGGCCUGCUGCUUUUGGCCCUUGCAGCAGGGCCGUGGUUCACCAAGAUGAGGUUUUUUCCCUUUCCACUUCGGUGGCUGGUGAGGAGAGUUUCCAGUUGUGGAAAUAAAUGGAAAUAUUUUUUUUUUCUUCAUAUGUGUCCUGUCCUUCAGAACAGUCUGGCCUUUUUUGGCCAAAGGGCCACAUUCACCCAGAGCCAAGCUUCUGGGGGCAGCAGAGCAGCAGUGUCUGUGGUCAAAGGUAUGUGCACCCACUCUCCACCCAACCUCAGACACACCACACCCCCUGCCCACGGCUGAUCCGGCAGAUUAGCUGAAGAAAAGGGGCCAUUUCCCCCUCAAAUGACUGGCCUGGGACCAGCAAGGGGAUUAUUUGCAUCUUUAUCAGGGUGCUGGAUUCCACCCACCCCAGCCCUGGCUCUACAUUAUUAUUUUGCCGCCACCACCACAAAAAUGGUGGUGGUGGGGAAAUCGUUGUUGGAGUGUGUGUGUGUGUGUGUGUGUGUGUGUGAGAGAGAGAGAGAGAGAGAGAGAGAGAGAGAGAGAGAGAAUCAGGCCCUGAACUGAGGGAAUUGUAGCGCUGGAAGGGACCCUGAGGGUCAUCUAAUCCAACCUCCUGCAGUGUAGGCAUAGGCAGCUGUCCCAUACAGGGAUCAAACCCGCAACCUUGGUGUUAUCAGCACCAUGCUCUAACCAGCCGAGCUGUCCAGGCUGUCCAGAUCACCACCCUUGGCAUAUGCUCUUCUAGGGUGGCUCACCACAGUAAAAGCAACACAAAACAUUGAAACAGCAAUAAGCAAAUAAUGAAGUAAAAUGAAGGACACAGUAAAAGCAUUAUCAGCUUAAGAAUGUAAAAAUGUAUGAAAACGUAGGUCCUGAGCAAGCUUCCCUGAGGAGGGGAUGCCAGAGGCCACAGCUGAGAAGGGCCUCUUGCUGGUUGCCACCCACUUUGCCCCAGAAGGGGGGGAGCAGCCAGGCCAUGUGAUGUGAGUGGAGAGGCAGGCAGUCCCUUCGGGCACCUUGGUUUGAGCUGCAUAGGGCUCUAUUGCUACACCUGACAUGUGUCUGCUUUUUCAUGUGACUGUCAAAAUAAAACAGUAAAUUCUGUGGAAA